AGGAGGCAGCUGAAAUAACCACUGUCCUCAGAAGACUGUCUUUAAGAACAAAGAGGGUUCUACACACUGCAGCCCAAGCAGCAGCUAUGAGCUUUGAUUGCGUAUCAACUUGUGCAACACUGUGAUUAAUAUCUGACUUCAAUUCUUCCACCAGAUUCCCAUCCAUCAUGGCUGCCAUCCGGCUUCGAGAAUUUAUUGACCGCCGCCCAGUGAUCCCACCCAGUAUAUUCAUCACUCAUCAGGGAAAGGACGUCCAAGGAUAUUACCCCGGGCAGCUGGCUAGAGUCCAUUUUGACUCUAGUAUGAAGAGACACCCCAGACCUCUCAUAGACUUGACAAUCCCACCCCAGAGAAAAAGUCCGAUUCAGCCUCAACUAGACCAACAAACUCUCAUUCGUUAUAUUUGUUUCCGAAGAUAUUCAAAGCCUGCUGAACCAUGGUAUAAAGAAACCACCUACCAAAGAGACUAUUCUCUGCCAUUUUACAAGAUCGAUUGGGACCAGAAAUUAGCCACAAUUUCAUCUAAUCCUAGACCACUAAAUUCACUGCCAGAGUUCUACUGUUGUGAAGACAGGCUGCUUUGAAAGAAAACCUUUUAAAUUAACAUAACAAUGGCAUUUGGACAAAACAACAUUCGGAGUUCCUAGUUGACCCCUUUUAG